AUUAAAAAAAGGUAGCAAAACCUUUGCGCUCCUCACGAGCGAGAGGACGCCGAAGCUCGAUCCCCUCCAUCUCCUCCGCGAUACCCUAACCUAGAGAGAGAGAGAGAGAGAGAGAGAGAGAGAGGAGGAGGAGGAGGAGGAGAUUGAGAGGGAUUACUUACUAGGGUUUGGAGGAGGAGAUGGAGGGGAGGGAGACGAGGGGGCCGCCGAACCCGGCGCUGCCGUACAGGGAGGAUUGCUGGAGCGAGGGGGAGACGUCGGCGUUGGUGGAGGCGUGGGGCGACCGGUACCUCGAGCUGAACAGGGGGAACCUCCGCCAGAAGCACUGGCAGGAGGUCGCCGACGCCGUCAACUCCCGCCGCGGCGCCGCCGUCUCCGCCGGAGCCGGAGGAGGAGGAGGAGGAGGGGGAGGGAGACGGCCGCCGCGCACCGACGUGCAGUGCAAGAACCGGAUCGACACCCUCAAGAAGAAGUACAAGGUCGAGAAGGCCCGCAUCGCCGACUCCGCCGGCGCCCUCCAUAGCCCCUGGCCCUUCUACGCCCGCCUCGACGCCCUCAUCGGCUCCUCCACACCCCCCGCCGCCCCUCACUCCUCCGCAUCCGCCUCCGCCUCCGCCUCCGCCGCCCCUAAAAAGCCCUCCUCCUCCCCUCCCUUCGCCCUCCCCCUGCCCUUCCACCGCAAGGGCUUCCGCAAGGCGGCCGCCGCCGCCGCGGCGGCCGCGGCCGACGACGACGAGGACGAGGAGUCCGGAUCGUCGUCGAGGUCGCUUUCCUCGCGGUCGAAGUUGGGGAAGCGGAGGAGGGGGAGGGAGCGGGACGAUGGGGACGGGAUCCGGGAGCUGGCGAGGGCGAUCGAGAGGUUCGCGGAGAUCUACGAACGGGUGGAGGGGGCGAAGCAGCGGCAGAUGAUGGAGCUGGAGAAGCAGCGGAUGGAGUUCGCCAAGGGGCUGGAGUUCCAGCGGAUGCAGAUCUUCGUCGACUCGCAGGUCCAGCUCGAGAAGAUCAAGCGCUCCAAGCGGGCGGACGCCGGGGAGCCGAUUAGAUCCGUCGCUGCCCUUCAUUUCCUUUCUACCCCGCGGUUCUUUGGAUGAACUAAAGUGCUCGACCGUUCGAUCUCUAGUCUUUACAGGUUGUAAAAUCGAAUCGUCGUUUUAGCUUCUCAAGUUAACCAUCUCCAGGAGAGUAAAUGAUUUACAGCUUGCAAUAAGUGCGUUACAUGAAAUUCAAUUCAUCAGUCAAACUUCUUCUGCCUGAUUGGAAGCAACCUGGGGGAGCACAUCUGUAGAGCUUCAAGCAUCUAACGUGCCAAUCUGAUAUUUCUUUACAUUUGUCAUAGUGGGAAAAACUAACAUGGUUAUUUGAGAGUGAGUUUAGUCGAAACAAUACGUAAACUCUAGUGUUAGUUGAGUUCAACUAGGUGCUGAGAAAGUAUUGUAUAAAGACCCGUGGUUAUAUCCUUUUCAAGAGCUUUCUUCAGUUGUGGGGAAUAGAUUUUUGGUCUCCUCAUACUUGUUGUCGUAAAUGUCAAUUCAUGGCAUGAGAAUAUUGGGUAUAGAUCAAUUACAUUGGAAAUUAUAUGCUAUUCUUUUGUUUCAUUUGCCUAAUGCUUCAAUCUUUCUUUUUGGCAACCAGCAAAGAUAGGUUUGUAAUUUGUCCUCGAGGAAUAAUUGUUUCUGUUUUUACUAUGCUGGUUUGUUCUUCUACACCUCAUAAACACAUGGCAGUAUCGUGUCUCAUUUAUUAGUUUUCCUGUAGAAAAGUUGAUUAGAGAAUCAUGUGUUACCUUUGUGAUCUUUUUUUGAUUCUGAUCUAAUUAGUUGUAUUAGGUUGCACAUGCUGCAUGCGCAACUUUAGUUUGUCUGCCACGUAUAAGUUUUGAAAACCUUUGAACUCUAUCAUGGCUUGAUUAUUCAAUGUUCUGUUGGAAACCUUCUAGAUUAGAGACCACAAUUAAUCUUCCAGUCUUUAUAUAACUGGUAUAUACGCCGCAAGGACUAUUUGCUGCUGCUGAUUAGUUAAAGAUCAAGUUGAAGCCAAAAUAAAAAAGAAAAUAACGAGGAUAUUGCUGUAUUCACAUUAGUGUCUUCCUAAACCUAAAAUGGUAGGAAGCUUCACGCAUAUCUGACAUAGGACUCCUGAUCAACGUCUGCUAAACAUCUAGAGCUUCCCAUGUAUAUUUUCUUUAUCACCUACUUCAUGCACAUAUAAAACGAGACUUUUCAGGACCAUCAACAAAUUAUCAGAAAAAUUUCUCCAGUGUGACCUGAAAAUCUUAUAUUGCAUUCGCAUUUCCGUCGCUCCUGGUCCUUGCUAAAAUUUGUCCACUUUAUCCUACGUCCCAUUGCUCUUACUAUCUAAUCGAAAGCAUUUCAUGCACAUCCUUUUCCCGUUCUUAUUCUUCAUGUUGACGUAUGUUGCAGCUGACAUAUCUGAUAGGUUUUCACAAUCAUGGAGUUUAGUGGCCAUAAGAAGUGUGUGUAACUGUGGCCACUUAUUCUGUCUGUGUUCAAGUGAGUGAAGAAAGAUCCGCACACACAUUCACACCACCAGUUUGUGUAUGUCCCUGUGUCGGUGUUUGUUCUUGUAACGCAUGGAAUCAAUGUUUAAGGAAUAAAUUAACAUGCAUGUGUAUGCAUGCUGGUGUGCAUGUAUAUUUUUGUUGUCUGUGCAUGCCUUUUUCUUUCUGUGGAUGUGCUUGGGUCCUAGGAUUUUGAAGAGAGAGGCAUAUUAAAAAUAAGAUUGUGUAUGUGGGAGAAAGGUUUGGACCUUACUUGCAAUAUUGGCGUAAGGAGCAAGUUUAUGCAACUACUGAAAGUAAAUCGAAAAAAAAAUGGAUGAUGCUAUGGUGAAACAUCUCCAGCAAGACCUUACUGAGAUGGUUUAAAGGAGUUCUGUCUUUGCGUUCUAUAUUGGUGAAUAAAUCAGCAUAAAGAGGAAUGUAGAGGAAUGUUUGUAUGGUCUAUUUAUAUUAUGGCUUGGAUAUGCUUGGUUGAUUAGCUGACGAAGUGCUCUAUUCUGGUAUUUGAGAAUCUGCAACACUUGAUUUAGAAAGAACGACACUUUUAUUAUUGGUAUGAGUGGUCAUAGUAUUAGUUAGAUUUACUUCUUUCUGAUAUAUUUGCUGGAACUAAAAGAAACUAAAUAACAGAAGGCUUAUCCUUGAAUUGCGUCAACAGGUUAGACUUCCGGUAGGUCAAUUUAGCUCGAACAAGUGCAGACCCAUUUUGCCUAAUGGGUCGGCCCAACUUGCAAACUUUUGGUAGGGAAGCAGAAAAGAAGAUGCGAAGAGGAAGAGUGUGACAGAAGUGUUGAGGUGGAGGAUAAAGAAAAUGGGGGAAAGAUUGCAAGAGUUUAGGUGCAUGACAAUGUUCCUGAUGAAAGGUCACUGCAAAAGUCAAAGAGGAAGACAGGAGGGGUUGGUGAUUUUGAGAUUUGGGUGGGAAGCAGAAGGGUCAUGGUGAGAAGAGGUAAAGGGGGACUAUGGGUGUAAGGGGAGGGAGGUUAUGAUCUGAUCUGACUUGCAUCUGGUUGACUAAUCUCCUCUUAAACCCAAACGGUAUAAUCAUCAGGUCUAGUUAAACUAGUUUGUUUAGUUCUGGACUUUAGGUUGGCUUUGCCUGUUUGGGGUUUUGUAUUACCACCAUUUAUAGGAACUAAAUAGGAGUCUUCAAAGAAGUUUUGUUGCGGUACCAAGAUGAAGUGAUGUCAGUAUCAGCAUGUUACUACAGCAGUUGUAGACAAAAUUGUGCACACCACUUACUCUGGCUUAACACUAAUAAUAAUAAUAUAUACAAUAUAAAGCAAUAUAAUCUUAGGAGAUACUAUCAUUUUCCCUAGGAUUGAUAAGAGGCUUGUUGAGACUGCCCUUGAACUGGAUCAAGGACACUAAGAUUCUACAAACUAUGAAAUUUAACUUCAAUUGUUUUACCAACAAGAAUUACUUACAACUGGAAAUAACUGGUGAAUAGAAGGAAAAUUGGGAAAAUUCGAGAGAAGUUAAUGUGCUAAUCAAUAGCAUUUUGUAUAAUUUGAAUGUUCGUGUUUCUCAUUGAGCCCAUUUAAUUCGAACCUUAAAUUAAAUUUGGAAAUUUAACAAAAAGUGCAUAUUUAGACCAAGGUCUGUCCUCUAGGGUUUGUAUUGUGGAUGACCCGUAUUUUAGCAUAACUUGACCUAUUUGUUGCUCCAAGUUAGAUAGUCUAAAUCGGGUAAAUACUAAUAAUGGCCGCAAUAGUUUACUUGAAUCAUAAAUUGACUGUUGGGCUAGAUGUAUUCAUCAGAAUAUAAUGAUCUGCAUUUGAAAUUAUCAUUAAAUAUGAGCAGCAACAUUGUUUACUUUUGUGCCAUUGAGAUGGGUAAAAGACUAACAAAGUAUCUACCAUUCCUCUCUCUCUUAAAAAAAAAAAAAAAAAAAUCAAAUUUGAGGUCCAUUUA